AUCAUCUUCCUCGACGAUAAGUCCUGAAUCACAAAAAAAUUAAUCAAGAAUAUCACUGCCACUAGAUGAUCUAUAGUGAGACGAGGGACUGAUAAUAAAUUUCAUUGGAAGUCCGAAAUAUGCAAUACCCGAUUCAAAAUCAAUCCAUUUGGUAGCUGCAUCAUUCCGAUAUUACAAACAGGAACCCCCUUGCCAUUGGGAAUUCGAACAUGCAGUCUGAGUUUUACUCGACCUCGCCAACAAAUAAGGAAUUAUUGGUAAGAAGAAUCCUUGUUGACGAAGGAGUGAAGCUGGGCGGCAUUCAGACCAGGGACGGCGCUGCUUCCGUCUUUGCUUUCAAUGGUGGCGGCCUUAAGCAUCAUUCUAAGAAGACUUGGGAGGACGACGCCGUGGUUUGUCACCGAACUUGCCACCUUGGAUGCCUUGAGAACCAGAACCUGUCGAACAUUGAAGCCAUCCUAUGAGCUAAUAACAAGUCACUUUGAAGUGACCAGCCUUCUCACAUUGAGUGCACUAGGGGUGGCCUGCAAAAGUGUUUGGCUCAUGGGAUUCACCUUUUCCUUGAAAGGCAGCGGCAUCAAUUGGUGUACGAGAUGCUAGAGAGAGUGUGUGUUGCUGUUCAUCAUUGGCGGCCAUAUGAUAUGCCGCACCAAGGGAAGGAGUAGGCUUCAUGGAGAGCAGCUGAGUACGCACAACAGAGAAGUUCUCAUCCAAUCCAACCAGAAAAUCCAAGAGUCACAUCGUAUCAUGGGACGAAUGUGUGCGGCCUUCGACGUCGCACUCGCAUUUACCACAAGUGUAGCGCGCUGGGGGAUCCAAAUCCAGCCAAUCAUCCCAAAGACGUUUUAGAUUGGAGUAGAAAGUGGCGACACUUAAAUUAUCCCGACGAAGAUUUGUAAUUUCCCUUCGCAGCUUCUAGCGGCGCGGGAGAAUACCCGUGAUGAAGCGUUCCUUCAACCCAACCCAAAUUUUUUGUGUGAUGAGGCCAGCGCUCAGGCUGUUCCGGAUGUCACGAUUGAUAGCUGUACGCAAGCAUCCAACGACGAAAUUAUUGCAUCGGACCCAUGCAUCAAGAGGAGCACCAAAACUACGACGCGAAGUUGCACUAGUAACAAAUCCAAGUUUAUUUUUAGCAAGGAGAGAGUUGGUCAUUGAUAACGAUGUAUUUGCACAUGUUUACACCCUUACUUCUUAUCCGUUUGCGGCUUGUAGUCGUGUAUCUUUGGCCUAUUUUACGCUGGGUUGUGCUAUUUUGUCACAUUUCACGUCCCAGUCGUCGAAGGAAGGGCUAUGCACGAGUUUCGGGGCAUUUGGAGUUCGUUUGAUGAAGCUAGGGCAAAGACACAGGCAGACCACUCCAAAGCACGGCCGUGUCCCCCAGGCCGUGCUUUUUAUGCCGAGAGCGUGUUUGUGGUGGCUAUUGAGGAGUCCAAAACACGGGCACCAUUGACCCAAAACACGAGGCAAAAACACAGGCGGACAAAAGUAAAACACGACCGUGUCCUCGACCGUGUUUUGCCCAGUCUCGGGCUAAAAGGGUUGUUUCAAGCCAAAGAGAAGGGCAUCCGAUUUUUAGAGAAAGAAAGCAGAAAACCUAGAGAGAGAAUGACUAACAAAACUUCCAAGCGCCUUAAAUCGAUCUCCAACACCAUUGGAGCUCCGGAGAAGCUUGGAGAAGUGUCGAUUGAUUACCAGAAGCAGAUUUUCAUCCUUCACAGAAUGAUUUCCGCAUCUGAAGCAGAUUUCUCUUCUCUCUCUAUGCAGUAAACUCUCUCACUCAAAUGGGUAUGAAGAACCCUAGAUUUGUAUGUUAGGUCCGGUUGUAUGAACCCAAGAACAAAUUCUUUGAUAUUGAUUAUAGAGGCAUGAUUUUCUGAAUUGCAUGACACCUGAUCAAAUUCCUGUAGUUUCUGCGUUGACCUAGAAAGAACAUACUCCUAGGUUGAUAGAGCACCCUUAAUUGAAGGUAGUGAAUUGAUGACUUUAGUCGAGGAGUCAGUUCACUAUUAUGUACUGGAUUUACUCCAGUAGAGGAGGUUUGGCACGUUAGGGCCUCAGUCUAUUUACUCUGGUGGCGGUUAGUCGCCUGCUGGGGAUUUAGAUUGAGAGAGUCUGGAGACCUUUAGUCGAGACUUCAGACUGUCUAAGAACCUUCCGCAGUAUAAUUAUCAUUGAAACUGGACUGGGUGAAUUACAACUUGGCUUAACGACAAUCUAGGGGGAACCAUAUCUAGGUGACCUCUCUCAAACUUGGAACACAACAUUUAAUGCUUUUGUUUGCUAGUUAAGUUGUAACUUCACUACAGUUGAAUCGCUAAAUAAUAAGUAUCUCACGAAGUAGUCAUCACACCUGGGACCCGGGUUGACAUUUAAAUCUAAGUCUGCUAUACUACACAUUAGUAGGUGGUUACACUUGGCUAAUUUCUAGUGUAACAGUACAAGCGAUUCAGUCAUUUGGCAACCCACUCAACAUAAUUCAUAUCGGUGAGGACCUCACUCACGAACAGAAGGUUGGGAUGAUCCGAAGGGUGGAGAUGCAAUGGAGACGAGAUGUCAAUGGUGGUAGUGGUACCUGUAACGAAAUUCCCUUCGCCUGUAAUCAUCUUGCAGACACAAGCGGAUAAAGGACAAGGCUAGACAGAAGAAGACACACGCAGACGCAGUUGAGGGGCGAGAAAUCGCAGAUGAACCCUAGCCAGAGAAUGUGCGACAGAAUAGAGAACAAGGACCAUGACCCUAACCCUGGAACGCGGUUAACUCUGAUACCAUGUAAAAUUUGAUACUACGGAAUUGAACGAAGACUGAACAUGAGAGUUUUACGUUAUAUGCUCGAUUGAUUUAUUGAUCAAGACUAACCACGAUCAGCUCGAACGAGCUCACGUCUUGAGACUUUUAUUUUCUGAUAUGUCUAGCAGUCUAGGUUACAAUUCGGCCAACAACUAGCAACAAGCCUUAAAUAGAAAACGUCCAGGUAAAACUAAUUUGGAACAGAAGAAACCGAAAGACAAAAGGGAAAAGAGUAUGAUGCUGAAAAGGAAAAAGCAAGGACACGUAAUAUUAUCUAGAAUAUGAAUUAAUUAGAAUUCAGGAUAUGAUAUGAAUUUCGUACCAUAAUUCUCUCAACCGAAAUCUUAAUAUCAAUCUAACUAAAGUAAUAAUCACUACAAGAAAAUUGGGCUAUAGAGACAGAGGUUAUUGGCUUCUAAAAGCUAUUUAUUUGUUUCCGUAUAUCUAUGAAAACAAAUAAGUUAUUUGCAUCGCACGCCUUUGUCUCUAAUUCCCUUUAGAAGCAGACGUAGUAGCAAAUACUAUCUUCGUCUAUUUCAAAUAUAGGAAUCAAAUCUUUUUGUUGGUAAUUCCACCUUGAAACACAUACUUUUCUAUCUUCUAAUUUGGUUUUAGAAACAAAUAUUUUAGUUUGCAAUAUUAGCAUUUGAGGAAACUUUAUUUGCUUCUAAAAGAUUCUAAUGAGACACGAAUAUUUGCCUCGAAAGAGUAUACAUUUUCUAGAGGGAACACACCACUGAAUUUUAUAAAAUAAGAAUAUAAUAUUAAAUAUAAUUAUAUUUUAAUACAUUAUUCUUAAAAUG